AUUCAAAUGUAUCAAUCAAAUUGUUUGGAAAUCCUCAAUCAGUCAAAGUGUGAAAGGAGUAGCAACAGCUGGAAUUUUCAAAAGUGUGCAAUAUAGCAGCAAGAAGCUUAGUAAAAUGAUAAUUUAGAAGUUUUAGAAAAUUUAACAGUCCACAUAAAUAUUGAUUUAGUUUUAAGUUAUUAAGUAUUGAAAUGGAGGAUACCAAGAAAAAAAUAUAUGGUCCAGUAUUACCAGCUACUUCAAGUGCCAAACAAGAAUCUUUCGAAGAUAACAGCUCAGAAACUAAAGUAUCCAAGGAAGAAAAACCAGCAAGCACCCAAGCCUAUGGUCCAGCAUUACCGCCUCAUUUACAAAAAGUGAAUGAACCUGUAGUUGCUUCGAUAGGGCCCUCUCUUCCGCCACAUUUGCGAGAGAAAUUGAAAGAGGAAGCACCAGAUGAAAAUUUUGAUAAUGAAUCUAGUGAAGAGGAUGACAUAUAUGGGCCUGUAUUACCCGGACAAGAAUUGAAGUCGAAAAGUGCAAUUGCUUUAGAAGAAAGAGCCCUUGAAAUGAAAUUGAGUCAGCUAAAUCCAGAAGAACAGAAGAAGGAACGAGAAGAGUGGAUGAUUGAAUUACCAACAGUUAGCGCGAGUAAAUUAGGAUUAGGACCAAGGCAGUUCAGACCUAACGCCGGUCCAGAUAUGUCUGAUAGAUCUUUGUGGACAAACACUCCAAAUGAAAAAAAACAAAAGAAAGCAGACUCUCGGGAUUUGAGAAGAGAAAUGGAAAGUUCUGAACUUAGAAAGAGGGAUAAGGAACAAGAAAAAAUGGCCAAAAAACACAAGAGAGAAAGUGAAAGUCUAGUGGAGCUUCAUCAAAAGAAACAGAAGAAAGACAAGGGGGACGGUCCGAAAGAAAGGGUACCUUUCAAUAGGGAAACUGACUUGCAAGUAAAUAGAUUUGACGAGGCACAAAAAGCAGCUGUAUUGAAGAAGGCACAACUAUUGGAUGACAGAUUUUCCUCAGGCAAAACCAAGUAUUUAUAGUCUUUUCAUAUAUAAGUAUGAGGAUGAGAUAAAAAUAUAAACAAUAGGUAAUUUUAA